UUAUCCUUAACCGCAGUCUGGAGUGGUAUCAUCAACCACUUCUGCGUAUACUUGCGUUCAAGCGUUAGUAGUGAAAUAGUGAAUAAACAAAAAAAACAUAAUUAUACAACAUGAGGUCCUCGGUUUGGUUUCUCAGUAUAUUCUGUUUAAUAUCCUGUUCUCUGGGAGACUCUGAGCUGUCAGCAGAGCAUCUGGAUGUAGAACACAGAAACGGAAAAUCUGAACCAUUCCUGGACCGAAUCGCCUCACUUUUUACCGGCGGGGCCGAGGAGGAAUCGGAAAAACGACCGGUACGACCCAUAGGGCCUGUAUACCGACAGCCAAUCCGUAAACAAGCUACGGCGGGUUCUCUACAAAGGCCGAUCGCUGUUCCCCCGCCGCAGUCGUUUAAUAAAUAUCCUCCAACUCCCCCUAGGAUAGGAUCUAGUGCUAGUAAUCUAUCCCCAGUUUCACAACCAGCAACGUUUGGAUCCGGAGCCGGAUUUGGUGCUGAUCCUUGGCAGAUAGCUCAACCUGCCAAUAUGGCACAGAUCAAGGAUCUACAAGUACAAUGUGAGAAGGAUUUAAUGAGAGUCCGAGUUCAGUUUGACAGACCGUUCUACGGUAUGGUGUUCAGCAAGGGUCAUUACAGUAACAUAAACUGUGUUCAUGUUCCCUCAGGACUAGGACAGACACAAGCUACAUUCGACAUAGCUAUGGGACAGUGUGGAAUGAGUACAGGAGGAAGUUCUGAAAGCUACAACGGAUCUCCUAACCCUCAGGGUUCCUAUAUAGAGAAUACUGUCAUUGUCCAGUAUGAUCCUCUGCUCCAGGAAGUUUGGGAUCAAGCCAGGAAGAUCAGAUGUACUUGGUAUGAUUUCUAUGAGAAGGCAGUGACGUUUAAACCCUACCAGGUGGAUAUGCUCGACCCUGUCACAGCCAACUUCCUUGGAGAUAAUCUUAGAUGCUGGAUGCAGAUUCAGGUUGGUAAAGGCCCCUAUGCUAGCGAGGUGAGCGGAAUCGUGAAGAUCGGGCAGACCAUGACCAUGGUUCUGGGCGUGAAGGAUGAUGAGAACAAGUUUGACAUGAUGGUGCGAAACUGUGUUGCUCAUGACGGCCAGCGUGCUCCUAUUCAGCUUGUAGAUGAACGAGGUUGCGUAGUUCGUGAGAAGAUUAUGUCUCCGUUCAAGAAACUAAAGAACUUUGAUACAACAGCUAAUGUUCUUUCAUAUGCUUACUUUCAGGCGUUUAAGUUCCCGGACAGCAUGAACGUACACUUCCAGUGCGUGGUACAAGUUUGCAGGGGUUCCUGCCCUGAACCUCAGUGUGGAGGGUCUAUUGGUCAACCGAACGAGGACACCUAUGGGGCCCCUGCUGCCCCCUCCCUGGACAGCUACGGGUCUCCUUCUGGCCCUGCCCUGGAUAGCUACGGUGCCCCUGGAGCCGGAUAUAAUUUACCAAGUAAACGAGUUGACCCGCGUGUUCCUGGCGGACAGUAUGCAUCAGGAUCUGAGAGAAGAGUGUCUGUAGUCCGACCUGAAGCUGGACCCCUAUCUGCGCCUAUUAUUCCUCUGAAAAACGGAAACCCCGGAUAUGAUUUCAGCAAGAGAACACUGGAUACCAAUACCAUCGGAGGUAACCCAAGGUCUCUAGACUUCAACGCCGGAGAAACUGUGGAACCAGUCGAGCAGGAAGCAGAGGUUGUCGCAGUUAAAGACGAAGUUGAGCACUCAGAGAACAGCGUCGAAGAAGGCAAGAGCAGAAAGCGACGUGCUCCUGUCGACGGAAACGGAAACACAAUCCUACGUAUAGUUCGGCGCGAGGCUGAGGAAACUGACGAUGUUGAUCAGGCGGAUAUUGAGACAGAACGUGUUAUCCGUGUCGUGGCUCCAAGUGAUGUCCAGUUUCAACUCAAUGAGGACGGAAAGGAAGAAGUCGUGAUCAACACUAACUCAGUUCCCACUGAGUCCUUGUGCAUCGACACUGCUGCCUUUGUCGGAGUAACCAUCAGUAUCCUCAUGCUUCUUAUUGUCGCCCUCAUCACCAUUCUCUUCUUGUGGAUGAGAAUUAGAUCCAUUGGACGAAAAAAUCUGUUAUAAAAAUCUAAACUUUUAAAACAUUGCCUUCCCGGCCUUGCCAUAUAAAUUUGGGUGUGAUAAUAAUGUUAAUAAUAAUAGUGAGAAUUAUGCAAGAAAUGAAUGUAUAAUACAAUACUUUACAUCUUAGUAUUCUGUAUUCUGACACGCCUAUCAGGAACUUCCUAAGUCGUUCAACCGGCUCAAGGUCCUGUGUGUGUGUCUGUGUGUGUGCUAGAAGAAUCCCGUCUUGGCCCACCAACCAACCAUAACUACAAUUCUACAGUUCUACAGUUCUACAGCUCUGCAGCUCUUUACUUCCACAUCCAACAGAGUUGUCAGGUCGAAACAUCAUUUCAUCCUACACUCACGAUUAAUACAAAGCUUCCAAGGCCGGACUUAGCAAAGAUUUAAGGGCCACUGCAGCCAAGAUACUCCUGAUGCCGUCUAAUAAUCUUAGUUUCAUUUCAUAUUUUCAACAUUUACAAGAAUAAAAGUUGAAAAUAUGAGAUUUGUGUAGUUUCUAUGAAAUUCAUCCAGUUCUUGAAUAUAUUGAACAUAUUGAAUAUAUUGUUAUAUCUUUUCUUUUCCUUUUUUACUAUUCUUUCUUUUUGAACUUAUUUGGUUUAGGUAUUCUUCUUUCUUUUGGGAUUUAUUCAACACGUUUCUAACAAUGCACAUUAAAACUUAAGAGGGGGAUGAUUAUGAAAAA